CUUGUGUUUGCUUUGUGUGUUUUAAGCUUGCUCAUAGUAAGAGCUUCGUGUAAGAACUAAUACUUUUCCUUUUCUCAGUGUCUUAGAAACUUACAAGUAUGUACUGGAAAUUUUUAUGUUUGUGUCCUGUUCCUGCAUUUCUACAACAAUGAAAUCUGCAUGAACAGUGCAUUUAUCUUCUGUAAAGUCACAGUUCCCCUUGAGACCCCAUCAGCUGUUCAGAAGAUAAAACAGCUUCUUAAAGAUAAGCCUGAGCAUGUAGGCGUGAAAGUGGGUGUUCGCACAAGAGGAUGCAAUGGACUUUCUUACACAUUAGAAUAUACGAAAUCGAAAGGAGACUCUGACGAGGAAGUUGUUCAAGACGGGGUUAGAGUGUUUAUUGAGAAGAAGGCACAGCUGACACUUCUAGGAACUGAAAUGGACUAUGUAGAAGACAAACUGUCCAGUGAAUUUGUCUUCAAUAAUCCAAACAUCAAAGGAACAUGUGGCUGUGGAGAAAGCUUUAACAUCUGAAAUCUGAGGACUACUUCUGUGACUCUGAACACCCCAAAACUCUUACUCUUACUAUUACAGCUUUUGGAAGUGAAUGCAUUUUCUUCAGGUUUGUAGGCUGCGUAAAGUGUGGGUACCAUUAGGAAAAAUAAAGUGAAAUAAUCUUGAAAAUGUAACCUGGGUGUUAAAUUCCACCGCUGAUGUAAUUAUGCUGUAAUUUGUGAUGAGCUGGGAUCCAAAAGGUAAGAACAGUAAGUGCUGAAGUAAUGUCUCUGUACUUUCACAUGCCAAGGAAAUAAAAUCUCACUGUUCU